AAUACAGUUCGGUGUUGUCUCCGCAAUGAGCAGCUGAUACAAAUGAACAAUUGUCCUUUAAGUAAUCAAUACUGUAGAUAGUAUUCAUGUAACUCGGUGGUCGCCAGUGCAACGUUACCGUUUCCAUCGCUACGGGCGGCGCUGCUGCGCGCUCGAAACGAAGCUGAAGCAGAAGAAGAAAGCGGCGGAAGAAGACGUGCGGUUUCGUUUCCGAGUAACCUACUUAGCUCCUUCUAUUACCACCAGUUAACUCUCUUUAUCUCCUGCAAUGGAACUGGCUGUUCUUACAAAGGCGCUUGGCGUUAUUUGAGGGCAAGUUUCACGCUGUUCCCCCAAGAAACGAUUCAAAACAAAUGAGCAGUCGUAGCUUAAGGCGUAGCUAAAACGAUUAGCCAUUGUUAGCCUCUUGGAUUUAGCUAACGUUAGCUGGGCUGGCUGCGAUUAAAAUGAGUUGUCAAACGUUAGCCGUAUCAAUGUUAGUUGGCUAGCUGAGGAUCGAUUGCUAGAAGAUUUAACGAGUGCACGUGUAGCUCUCUUGGGCCAACGUUAGCUAGGUUGAACUCCUGGAUGUUCAGUGUGCCAGGAAGUGACUCUUGAGCUCCAUGUCUGCUGAGGCUUCGGUAGGCGGUCAUGCUGCUGACUCGGCCCAGUCUGCUGUUUCCCAGCCUGCCUUCCACAACACGGAUGAGUUUAGGAAUCACGGUCUUCUCGGGAGCAAAUAUGUCAAAUUAAACGUGGGCGGCUCACUGCACUAUACAACCGUUCAAACGUUAAGCAAGGAGGACAGUCUGCUGAGGAGCAUAUGCAAUGGAGGAACGGAGGUUUCCAUUGAUUCAGAAGGUUGGGUAGUUUUGGACAGAUGCGGCCGACAUUUUGAACUUGUUUUGAACUUCCUGCGAGACGGAUCAGUGCCACUCCCAGAGGACCACAGAGAACUGGAGGAGGUUCUCAAGGAGGCCCAGUACUAUCAGGUCCAGGGACUGGUCCAGCACUGCCUCGGCGCCAUGCAGAAACAAAAGGAUGUCUUUGAAACUGUGUGUCGCAUCCCUAUGAUCACCUCAGCCAAAGAAGAACAGAAGAUGAUCGCCACUUGUAGAAAGCCGGUGGUAAAGUUGCAGAACAAUCGAGGAAACAACAAAUACUCCUACACCAGCAACUCUGAUGAUAACCUGCUGAAGAACAUUGAACUGUUUGACAAACUGGUGCUACGAUUUAAUGGCCGCGUCGUGUUCGUCAAAGAUGUGCUCGGGGAUGAGAUCUGCUGUUGGUCUUUUUAUGGUGAAGGGCGCAAGAUUGCUGAAGUAUGCUGCACUUCCAUCGUCUACGCCACAGAGAAGAAGCAGACCAAAGUUGAGUUUCCAGAGGCCCGAAUCUUUGAAGAGACCCUCAAUAUCCUCAUUUACGAGAAUGGAAGGGGAUCUGGUCCAGGAGGCCUGCACCUUUUAGAUUCGAGGGGCUCAGGUUCUUCCCUGGGAGCCGAGGAAGAAGGUGCUUCUGGGGGCGACAGGCGAGUAAGACGGAUCCAUGUAAGGAGGCAUAUUAUGCACGAUGAAAGAGGACCCGGUCAACAAACCGUGUACAAGGACUAAUAAUGUGAAACAUAAGUCUUGGGAGAGUGAAUUUAUGUGUGUUCAUUUUGUCUUGAUUGCUGGAAUGAAAGAUGUGCUUGAUCAGAACUCUCUCCGUAGUCAUUAAAAUAUCUUGACAUGUCACUGCACAGAAAUGUAGGGGUUGAUGAUCUGUAACUGAAGUAGGAGCUGUUUGGACAUGACAAAAGCUCCUGUUGGCAAGGAAACAAAUUGUGUACAUUAUUUAUAUAGGAAAUGUGUAAAUUUACCUGGGAAAUUAAACUGGCAUAGAUGUUGCUUUUCAUUUGUUAAGGAACUUCCUGUAUGUUACCGAAUGGGCCCAAAAGGCCAUCCCCCAAUCCCACCUGCUGGUGGGUGUUCAUGAUAUGCACUGGCCUCCUCCUCUGUUUGACCUAUAGGAAACAAUAUCAGUCUGUCUAUUCUUAAGUUGAACUGAUUUUCUGCCUGGUCGUAAUUAACAGAGGCCGGUUUAGACUAGAUAUGUUAACACUGGAAUAAAACUGUGUAGCCAUCUAAGGAAGGUUGUCUAUGAAUGAGAUUGUUGAGCAGCUCCAUUUUCUUUAUUUAAAUUAUUACUGCUGUUUCUUUCAAGAUGUUUUUAUUCAUUAAUUUAUGAACCUAAUUUAUUGUUUCCUAUUUAACUUUUGUAUUGUAUGCAAUCUUUGUGUUAACUAGUGCUUAAGUGAGUUAAAAUGUUGGAACGAUAUGAUGCACUCUAUAGCUCACACCAGAUUUUGAAUUUACUCCUGUAAACGACUAGAUAGUGUACUUACAUUUCAGUUUCAUGAGGAACCAUGAUCAUUUCUUUGAUAUUGUGUUUUAUUCUGAGCCAUGAUCAUUUCACUUUUGCUUUACGUUUUAUACUGAACCACUGAAAUCUACUGCAGGUAUUUGGCCAUAUGGUGAUGAUAAAGGCAAUUCAUUUUUUUUUUGUAUUGCCCCUGGGAGAGUGUACACAUUUGUUUUUGGUAGUCACCCGUGUUUUGAGUAAACUUAAUUCUGAAUAUUGGGGUGGGGGGGCACAUUGAAUGAGAGCAAUAUGUCUCAGAUCCUUAAUAAUAUCACCUUUUAGAAUUCCUUAAAAUAUGCACUAAUAUGACUUCCGUCCUGUUGUGGUCAUGGGAAUGUUCUGAAUAAAUUGUUGGUGAAAUCAAA